GUUUGGCGACGACAUCCCGGGCAUGGAGGGGCUGGGAACAGACAUCACUGUCAUCUGUCCCUGGGAAGCCUUCAGCCACCUGGAGCUGCACGAGCUGGCUCAGUACGGCAUCAUCUAG